AUGGGUUGUGGAGCAUCUAAAGCGGGUCCUUGUGUUCUCGUUCAAGUUCCGUGCACCGGUAAGGCCAGGAAAAAACACUUAAAGUGAUCCCUUUUCUAAAAACUGCUUGAGGUUAAAUUUUUCACAUAAAUUUGUAUGCCGCGUGGUCCUCUUGAUGUAGGCUUGCCUCGUACAAGUACAACUCCCUUUGGAGAAUUCAGAUUUUUCAGUUCACAAUUAACAUAAUCAAAAUAGUUUGAUUAAUUUGAAAGUGGACAUUUCAAGACGAAAGCGCAAAAAAUUUUAUUCUGAAAAGCUUCAGAAUUCGCCCGAAAGAACACAAAUGAACUGAGACGUCUUUUACCACGGAAUGAAGAUUCAAACGAGUCAAUAAAUUUCCGCGUAAAGAUUAGUAAUUACAAAAAAAAAACGAAAUUACAUUUGCGUUCUCUAGAUUUUCUGUAAGUAUCAGCUUCAAACUUUUUUCUUGCUUUACAGGUAAGAGUCCAGUCAGGUUGAACAGCACAUCUACGAAAACCAGUAAAACAACUAAGCCCUUGCCGAAAACAACCAAGGCGGCAGAGUUACGAAGACAGGCCAAUGAAGCCAAACUUAGUAAGUUAAAAAUCAGUUGAUCAUAUAAUUCCUUGCAAGAAAUAUUUUAAUUUUUGUAAUUUUUCAGAGAAACGAAAAAUUUUUCACGACAUUUUCACAUUUGAGCAUCGAAUAUAUUUUCGUGUUAGAUUAUCUGUAUAAUUUUUCUUGCAUUAACUUUUCUGAGUCACAAGAUUUGUCCUUUAAUAUCCAAACAUUAACAGAAUUUUUUACGAUGAAAAUCUCUGGGUUAAUUUUCGUAAUGUUUUAAGCUCUUUGCUGUCAUUCUGCAACACUGCCUGAAUAAUUCAGCCCCGUAGAUAAUAUAAUAUUUGAACAUGAGAAAAAAAGGGAAUUAUUUCAGACGAAACAUUAAAUACAAAAAUUGUUUAUUCAGUCCAAAGGGAAAAAACUAUUUACACGGGUUUCAGCUCAGAUGCUAUCUGGAUUUCAAUAAAGUCAAAAUUUGGUACAAAUAAAAGAAACCUUACGUGUUAUCAACGCAACAGCUUUCUUGUGCUGGUGACUAGUUAUAAGCUGAACUUCAGGCCCGGUCAGGGGUGGAGUGGGAUAACAAUAUACUCAAUACCCUAUCCUGAAAUACCAGUGCAAUUCGUACUCAAAAUACUAUACACAAGGGUCGUAAAAUAUCUCUAAGGUACUGCAUACUGGAACGUCACAAAGUCAACUAAUCUUAUAUAGCUUUAUUUAAUCACCGAGUAAUGUUAGCAAACGCUUAGUUUAGUUUAGUUUAUUUGAGUUCAUUAGAAUAAAUUUAGUUUAGUUUAGUUCAAAUAGUUUACACUUUUCACUAUUAAAUGUAAUUUUUAUGUAUGAUUUAUGUUUGUGUUUUCGUUUUUUUUUCAGAGAACUCUAACGGGCUCAAUUCAAGUGCCUCACUAAGGCACAGUGCAUCUGAAACUCAGGCUUUAAAGAAAAUAACAUCCAGUCCGAGAUCCCCUCGGCCAAAGGACAACCGACCAAACAACGCCAAAACUACUAGUAAACCACAGAACCGCCAUCUUGGCCCAAACGUCCCCCAGUCAAGUUCUAAAGCCCAGGGGAAUACAUCCAAAAGCACAAAUGAGGCAAGACCAGCGAGUUCCCAGUCUGUGAAAAGUCUGAAAUCAAAUGGAAUAUCUAAGCCAUCAAAGGAAAACACUGUUAACACCACAAGUAAGACAAAAACCAUUACUGAGGUAAGACCAGCAAGUUCCCAGUCGGUGAAAAGUCUGAAAUCAAGUGGAAUAUCCAAAUCAUCAAAGGAAAAUGCUGUUAACACCAAAAGUGAGGCAAAAACCAUUACUGAGGUAAGACCAGCAAGUUCCCAGUCGGUGAAAAGUCUGAAAUCAAGUGGAAUAUCCAAGUCAUCAGAGGACAAUGCUUUUAACACCGCAAAUGAGGCAAGACAACAAAUCUACCAGUCUACAAAGAGACCUCAUUCAAGUCCCACUUUGAAAAAGGGUUCAUCUGAUACCAAGGAUGGAGCAAAACCAAUGACGAGCGAGCGUUCAAAGAGGCCAACAUCAAGUCCUACAAAAGGGCACAAGCAACAGCAGACUAAAAGCUGUCAGCCUGAACGAACCAGUUCAAGUUCUUCCAUGAAAGAAAAUCUGCCUGUUUUAAAGAACAAAGUGAAGGCAACACAAAGAGGUACCCAGGGUACCGUACGGCCCAAGUCGAGCCAAGCUAACGACAAUAAAAACACCUCAAAGACAAAUCAAACGCGUUUUCAGCCUAAAAGCCGACCACGAUCAAGUCCAGCUUUUAAAAGAAAUCCAGCUGAGGCCACCAAUGAGGUGAUCAAACGACCCAUAUCAAAUCGUUUAUCAAAGGGCGAUAUGCCUAAGACAACCAGCAACGUAAGACGAAAGAGUUGUCCGUCUCUUAAAAGCCCUGUGUCACGUCCUGCUUCUGCAAAGGGUAAUCCAGUCAGAACUAUUGAGACCUGUGUAACUGGACAGCAAACAGCUCAGGAAGCAAAGGCCGACCCUACCGAGCAGGUUAUUGAGGACGGAGACACACCCAACAGGGAAGAUGUUGGGGAUAAUUUUCAGUCGACAUCUCAGGUAAUUGAAUACUCUACACUUGCUUUUAUGAUAACUGCAAACACGAAAACAUAUCUAACAUUUUCUAGUUGAUUCAGUUACGAAUUGUGAAGCUCUAGAGGCAAAGAUCUCUUGCGGGGGGGAAGGUUUUGCGUGCAUGUCUUUACAAAUUAAUUAAACCAAUGUUAAAACACCCGACCAGCAGCCACAAUCAAGAGUGUUAUUUAUUUAUUUAUUUAUUUUUUUUUUUCGCGCUAUGCUCUCCAGGCGUAGAAUAUCAGUACAAACAGGUCUAUACAAGUUGCAAUAUCUUCCCUUAGAUUUUCGUAUCACACAACAACCAAAUAAUGUAACAAAAAACGAAACAUAUUUCCUUUACGAUGCAAAAAACUUGCGGAUUGUGAUUAUUGUAAGCGAACUGACAAAUAAUGCGCUUUUUUCUUUUAACAGGAGUCCGCCGCCUCGGAGGCGGAGCUAGACUAUUUCGUCGCUGAGAUUCUCCAGUCGCAGUUGAACCUCGUUCAAAACGAUCCAUCUCCAGAGAAGAGUCCUAAAGCUUUAAACUCACAGCCUUCUGCCAUGAGCUCACCUACAGGGCCAGGUAACUACAUAAACAUUUCUACGGCCAUCAGACUUUUCUAUUCAUUCCCGUUCAAAACCAGGAAAGGCCUCCACUAUGUAAGCUUAUUAUGUGUUGCGAAGACAACAAACGAUAUCUCGUCGGUUAAAUAAACUCACGGUUUUAAUUUUACGGCUCCUAAAACUUACAUGUUCUGAUAACAACUCAUGACAACAACAAACACCCGACCGCGUGUGAAUUACAAAAUCAGAGUAACUGUCAAUCAAAAAAAUGAAAUCUGAUCACUAAAACCUCACGCGUGCGAUUGCGUGACGCGAGGGACCAUUUGUACUAAAACUUUAAAAAAAGUUUGCCUUUUGCCUUUUUAGAGGAAGAAUGACUUUCCAGUCCAACCUUGUUGGUAUUGUCUUGGUUUGGUUCUUAUUUGUGAAACAAAUCUUCCCUUGCAGCUCCUAAGCAAGGCGCGUCAUUCGUGGGCACUCCGAAAGAUGCUACCAUUGAGAAUGAUGGUAGCGGCUGUCAAGAGGGAACCAACAGCUCCACAGAAGUUUCUAAUGUCGGUGAAGCGGAGAUAACGGCCGGCGACUCCAAAAUCAUUCAAUCUCCUUCGACUCCGACCAGCAUAGAGGAUAACGAGAAAGCCGAAGAGACCGGCAGUACAUCGCUCACUACAGGUGACGUUUUGACCAUCUUUCCAAAGGAAAAUCCUCAUAUUGAUUCUGUGGAGCUCAUGGGAGUGCCCAAGCCCGUCCAAGAUGGUCCAUCUCGAACGGACUCAACCGCCCCCAUGAUUUUUGACUGGGCUGAUGAAAGAAAGAGCCCUGGCUGCAUGAGAUCGUCUCCAGGUGCAACGAAAUCUCAAGAAAAGAUUAAUUUGGCGGUCGAGCGUAAGAGUAGCAAGACGUCCAUCGAAGGAAGAAAAUCAUCUCGUACCCCGACAGCUUCAAAGUCGAGAGCAAAUAUUAGCAACUUGUCAGCCGGGGAUUCUGUCGAAGCUACUUGCUCAACCAGUAGGCCUUGCAGUAGUCGUUCCACUACAGAUACCUCAAUGAACUUAAACCAUCGGAAAUCAGGUCAGAGGCCCUUGUCUGCUGCAAAAGUGCCAGAAAAAUCAAAGUCGAGUCAGAACAAUCCACAUUCAAGCGCGAGGUCAUUUUCUGAUCCAAGGGUGUCUGAUGCAACAAAGUCACUAACACCAAGCAGAAAAUCGUCUCAUGGUCAGGUGCUAGUUAAAAGCACCGAACGAAGUUUAUCUUCAUCCAGGGUGCAAAGUGCAGCGAAAAAAGAACGACUGACACCGACGAGUCUAAGGGGUGAGUUCAAAGAUGAAAAAGGCUGUAAAAUAGGCGGCUCUCAAGAAAUGAGCGGAAGAGGCUCCUCAGCCACCUUGUCAAAGCGGUCAUUGAGCCGAAACUCAUCCAAAUCUGAAAUAAUAUCUCCUAAACCUUCCGUUGUGAAGAAAGAACUGGAGAAGUCUAAGUCUAAUGACAAGAUACACCAAACACCGAAUGAACAGAAAGGUGUGGUCAAGGCAAAAUCUCCCUGUUAUGAACGAUCAAACGAUAAAGGAACGAUGGACGGACGCCACAGUCAGAAUAGCCCAUCCACAAGCAGUCUGCCCAUAAAAGAAGAUUUGGAAAAACGUCCGAAAAGCGGAAGAUCAAUUAGCAUGGAGAGUGAUGCUUCUAUUGUCAAGUCUGAGGAGCGCUUGAGUAACCCUCGAAAUUCAUUAUCACAGGAUUCACUAAAGGGGAGGGUACUGUCUCCACCACAAAAGAGACAUGAACGUUCUGGAAGUGCUCGUAGUUUAAAACAAUCUCCAAGAAAAUUUGAAGUAUUGGAGUCUUCGAAAACGUUGCAGUUUUCCUCUCCCUCUUACCCAGAGGUGCGAUCGAGAAACUCACGAAGUAAAACCUCACUGAACAAGAUGGAAGUGUUAAACACUGAUUACUCACAAAAUUGCUGA